AUUUUGUUCACAAGAUUAUCACCAGCCUCGAGAUAUCGCUUGCGUGAUACGACGUGCGACGCUUGAAGAUAGAAUGCGCAGGACCGAAGUUAGUCAGUAGCGAAAUUAUGAAGGUGUGCACCAAUAGGCGCGGACUGCUGGCUCACCGAACUCACGCAAAGACGCAGCGACUUCAGGCUGGUCAGCGAAAAACGCGCGGAUUCUAUCUCAGCCAAUUAGUCUGGACGGGGACCUAGGGUGUAGAUUUUUUUUUUGCGACGUUUGUUAUUCUAAGUAAUAUCUACGUUAUUGUGGACAAUACCUUCAAUUAUAAUCAAAGUUAACGACGUUCAUUGGUUGGUGUCCCGCAGCUGAUUUGAUUUCGUCGACAAAUUGUUAUCGUUACCUACGGCCAUCACCAUGAUUAAACAGUGUGUACAGUUGAAGCGUACUGCGCUGGUUACGUACUGAUAAACAUUUCAAGAAAAUGAUUUGAUAUAGUUUUAAAAAACUGAAAAGUGUAUUGGUGUGGUUUAGUGAUACUUGUGAGAUCUGUGUAGUGAGUCAAGAUGGAUAGAUUUAGGCAAAAGAACAAAAAGGAAAAACCGAUGAAGUACGUCGGUAAAGAUCCAACACCCAUGUUGACUGAUGUGAAAAGCAUUCAAGAAAAUUUGAAAAUUAAAGAAAUAUUACGAACUGUUAAAAUGAACAGUAGUAUGAGAAUAAAAGCACCAAGAGGGAGUAAAGUUAUGCAAAAUAAGGAUUUUAUAGACAACGAAGAUAUUUUUGAGAAAGAACCAAACUGUGAAAACGUACAACACCCGAAUGCAACAAAUCCAAAUGUUGUCUUAAACAGUAAUUGCAUGGAAAUAAACGAAAAUGAUUCGGACGACAAAACCGAAACAGCAACUGAAAAUAAUGAGCAAAAUGAGGAUACAUUAUGCGAAUCUAAUGAUAAAAAUAGUUCAAUGGAUAAAACGGCAGAGGACUCAGUCCCGGAAACAGAAAACAUAUCAAAUAUCAAAUCAAUUACUGAAGAAGAUAAACAAAUCAACAUUCCAGAUGUGAAGAUCGAUUUGCUGCCCCCGAGCGACGUCCCACAUGUGAAGCCUCGUGAUAGAAAACUAUCUCUAGACCAAACUAUGUUGACGAGGCGGGAAGGAUUGUCACAAUCAGAACUGGAUCUGAAUUCAAUAGGGAAAUCACCACUAGAGAGAAAAUCAUCAUUCUUUAGAAAAACAAUGGAUAGCUUCUUGAAAAAUACAACAGAAUAUUUCAAACGCCAGUCAAUUAGUAGAAGCCAAAGCAUUCAGCGGAGAGGGUCCAUGUCUAUGUCUCUUCAGUCGUUAAACGAGAACACCGUCUGUAAUGGUGAUUACGGGGAACUGCUGCAUAAACAUCAAGAGGAGCUUCAGGGCAGUGCGACUAGUUUGCAGUCGUCUUUGACAGCUGCUGGGAGCGGGUCCAGUAUGUCGAAGUCUCAAAGUGAGCGCACUCUGCCUGACCCCCUAAGUGAAGGAGACAGCCUUGCCGGUAGCUUCCCUAUCUUAUCAGGCAGCCAACCCCUCGGAGACACAUCAUCGCACAGCGUACUAAGUGAGUACCAUUUUAUUAUGAUAUCUGUCUGUCCAGAAUUUCCUUACACUGUGCAGAAAUUGUGUGAAGAAGGGACCUGU